CUCAAACCAACAUUUGUCUUUACACAUGUGAGAUGUAGCCCCGCUGUCCAGGAUCCAACAUUCGUUAAUUACUCCUUGUUGCACUAAGGAAGACGUAGCGAAGUUAUCCGGAGAACUAUUGGAUGCCAAAGUAUCUUGAAAAUCAGACUUUCUAUGAGCUAUUACUCUUCUUGUCGAAGGUUUAAAAGGCUACCUAGUUAUAAGAGAGAUCUAGAAAUGGAUAUUUCUUUACUGCAUCUAUUAAAACUAUCAGACAACGAAGCUGUACAACAGUAUCUAAAAUUCGAUGAAAUGAAUCGUAUCCUCGUUUACAUGGAAAUUUUCAAAAGUUUAAGAGUCGCCAUAGAAACUAACAACAAGGCCAACUUUAAAAAAUUAUCCCAUCUGUUGGCGUUGCUAAAUGAUGCUAGUGAAAUUCCUGAUUUACCUAAAUAUUUUGAGUCUCAAAAUACUACCUUCAACACACCAAAUGUAAUUAUAAUUGCUUCCAAGUAUAAUCGAGUAGAAAUUCUAGACAAUAUAUUCAGUGACUCUUGCACAAUCAUCGAUGACCUUUUCCUUAAAGUAAGCGGAGCCUUACCUUUCCCAGCUGAUACCGAUGAAGAAUGCCACAAUGCAUUUUAUUACGCAUUGCGGUCAGGGAAUACGAAUCUUCUUGAAGUCUUAAUUAAAAAAUGGCCAGGAGAUUAUUUUUCUUCCCGUCCAGUUGAAUUAUACUCUAUUUUGUCGAAGAAUUACUAUGAGUUGAAGUUGAAAAACGUUGAUAUAUCAAUGGAGAUGCAGCUUUUCGUGCACAGUACUCUACUGGACUUGUAUUUCGAGAAUAAACUCUUUAAUAGCCAAGUGAUUUAUUCGCAUGAUGAUAUCAACGAAAGAAUAUCACUAAUUUCAGAUUGUUAUAACAUGAUUAAGGAAGCUGAAAAUUAUCCAGGUUCUGAAUCGGAGACAAUUUUCCUGGCGAAACAAGCGUGCCUGAAUAUUUUCAUUCUUAAAAAGUGGCUUAAGUCCACGUACGACAGAAUUCCUUGGGAAGAAAUGGAGUACCACCUUAUUUCUUAUGUGCGUUAUUUAAAUCACCGGGGAAACUAUCACAGUUGUUUCGUGCUAAGAACUGACAUCGUAGCUUAUCUUGGUAAUUUUAUAGACUGUUUAAUGAAAGAAACCAAUCAAGUCGGCAAAGUGAGCUUAAAAAAUUUGAGUGCAAUUCGUUACAAAAAACGUGAUUAUGUGGUUAAAUGCAUCACUGAAAAUUAUCCUUCUCUUAAAGAUUUUUAUCGCAACCAUGAGUUAAUCCGAGAUAGUGAAUCUCUUAAUAUUAUUAAAAAGUAUAUAGAUAUAGCCAGUGAAGUUAAUCCACUUGAAAAAAGUGGCCAAACGGUCAUCAUAAGAGCACUACAAGUCAUGGGCGAAAAUUUAAAAAACACCUUGGAAUCGCCGAAGCUAUCAUCUGCUACGAGCAACUACUUGAUGUCGUUUUUACCUCCUGAAACUAAUAAGAUUUUAAUUGCAUUGCGCAAUUCUUUUUCUCAUGGUUUUCCACUGUCCAAAUGUAAAGAAAUGAUUGAAAUUUACGGUGCUGAAUUUUACGCAUCUGUUCAGAAAGAUUUAAAGAACAUACACCACGGAAUCACCUCAGUUCUCAAUGAAAUUAAGUGCAAAUCCAUCAUAGCUCUGUUGGAAAAGAUAUGCGAUUGCGAAGACAUCGAUAGAUUGAGAGAAAUAUUUCAGAUGCUGCGAAUCUCAAGUAUACAAGAUUGGCUAUCUCGUGAUUUGCUGACGAACACCAAUACAUCAGAGUUGGAAAGACUAAUUUUUGAAUUUAGGAAAAUUCUUGACGUAAAAUCGCAUUUCGAAGAAAAUCUCUUUCGUAAAAUAGAUGAGAUAAUAAAUUCUAACAAACAUAGUUAUGAAAAUUCACAAUUGAUGUAUCAGAAACUCAUUGCAACGCUUGCUCCUAUUCACGCAUCUGAUAGCAACAUAGAUGAUUACGCAAUUUUUGUUUUUCAGAAACUUACAAGACGAGCGCUGGACUAUUUGAUCCCACAAAUGAAAUCAGAAAAAUUGAAAGAAGUCGGAACCUUAUCGGGAGAAAUCUUAAAGAACGUUCAACACCGAAUAAAUAAGAAUGAUUUAUUCACGUUAUGUUGCUUGAUUCAAAAAAUAUAUUAUGUUUCAGGAAAUGGACAACAAGAAGCUCAAUAUCUUUGCGAAUUGAGGGACAGUUAUUUGAAACAAAAUUCUGAACAAAUCAAGCAAACAGUUGACUCAAAUCAUAUUUCAUCUGUGCAAGUUGACAUAACAGCUUUAAAAGAAUUGAUUGACAAGCAUAAUCUGUCUGAAACUCAAAUUGAUACAUUUAUCAGUUUUAAAAAUAAUAUCACUCUCCAAGCCGAAGUUGAAAUGCUGGUAUUGUCCAUUUUAUCGGGUUUAAAAAACUCAAAAAGUUAUUUAGUAACUAAUCAAAUUUCUUUGGACUCUGAAUAUCCAUUGUUAGUAAGUAAAGAAUUAAGAAAUCAUCUUGCACACGGAAAUGCUUUGGGGGAUAUUUUAGUAAACAUCGUUCAAUCUCUGUUUCUGUUUGCUGUCAAACUUACCAAACAAGAUGUUCGCAAAAAAAGAAAGAAAUCGUGGGUUAAGCAGGCAAUAGAAAACUCCAAUGCGCAUUCCCAAUUCAAAUAUAUUUCUUAUUUAAAAACUCAAAACAAAUUAUUUUUGUCAUUAUCAAGUGGCUCCAUAGAAGAAAUGGAUCUUUGGAUUAGAAAAGGAGGGGACGUAUAUGGAAGAGAUAAUAAUUCAAUGACCACUUUGCAUUAUGCAGCUCAAUCUUCUAAUCUUGAGAUUCUUUUGACUCUCAUCGAUUACGGAAUUGACUACAAGGCUAAGGACUUUUAUAAUCGAAGCAUUCUUCAUAUAGCUGCUGCUUCGGGUUCCAAAGAUAUAGUUGAUUACCUCAUAAGAAAUUUAGUAAUGCCAGUCAACGAAGUUAGUGAUAAAAACAACACACCACUUCACCUUGCUGUGGAAAAUGAUUGUUUUGAAGUAGUCGAAACUUUGCUGUAUCAUAAGGCCAACACUUGUGUAAGGGAUGCAUUAUUCAUGACGCCUUUACAUCGAGCAGUGUUCUAUAGCAGAGUUAAGAUUGCUAAAUUGUUUCUUCGGGAUGUUAGAAAUUUAAAUUUGGUUCGAAUCUAUGAUGGUUUUACUUUACUACACACUGCUUCUGAAAAAGGGUCUUUGGAAUUGGUUCUUUAUUUUAUCGAUAAAGAAGUUGAUGUAAAUUCUGCAACUAAUGAGCGGAGAUCGACACCUUUGCAUUUAUCCGCUUUCUUUGGCCACUUAGAGAUUGUUAAAGCAUUACUGUCGAAGGGAGCUGACAUACAUGCAAGAAACGUAGAAAAUCAGACAGCUUUACAUAAAGCCGUUGAAAAAGGACAUAGUGAAAUAGUUAAAUUUUUACUCUACAAAGGUGCUGACUCAAAUGCUUUAGAUGAUGGGCAACAUUCACCUUUACAUUUCGCCAUAAGAGAAAAACAUAUAAACGCAUUGAAGAUAUUGUUAGAACAUGAUGUCAAUAGUCAAUACAUCACAUGGAAUGGCGCUUCUAUUUUAGAAUAUGCAGUUUAUAAUGGUGAUAUUGAUAUCGUUAAUUAUUUGAUUGAAAAGUGUGCACCUUUCAAAACUAUCAGACCUGAUGGAUUCUCUCUUCUUCAUGUAAGCAUCAUACGUGGUUCUAAUGUAAUUUUGAAGCGUUUAAUAGAAUAUGGUGUAGACAUUAACUGCAGAGAUGGACAUGGUCAAACUCCUCUUAGUCUAGCCAUAAAGUCAGGCAAUUUAACAGCUGUUACCCUUCUCCUACAAUCAGGAGCUGAUAUUUUUUCAACACACGACGAAGGACAUUCUCUGUUGCAUGUUUGUGCUUCUGUUCCUUCGCGAAAUAUAGAAAUUAUCGUUUGUUAUACAUCAAAAAUGCAAAUACCCAGAGAAAUUAUCGAUAACAACAAAACAAUUCGCCCUUCUUAUACUGACCGAUUGAACAUUUUUAAAAUUCUCGUUAGUAAAGGGGCAGAUGUUGAAAAGAAGAACAAUUCUAAGCAAACUCCUUUGCACAUAGCUUGCAUGGUAGGUAAUAUCGAAAUAGUCAGAUAUUUAUUUGAUAUUUCUACAAACAUAGAUGUACCAGAUGACGCGGGAUAUACACCGCUGCAUUAUGCUGCCGAAGGAGAUAAUUUUGAGUGUGUGAAACUAAUUAUUGAAAAUUCCAGAAGUUCUAUUAAUUCAGUGACAUCCUAUGGAGACACUGCGUUGUGUAUAGCUUCAAAACGUAAUUGCACUGAAAAUGUUCGUCUUCUGAUCCGUAAUGGAGCUGAUAUAAAUGCUGGGGAUCCACUCUACAAAGCUAUUCAGUGUUCAUCUCAAGAUGUUUGUCAAAUUCUUCUCCAGAGAAAGGGAACUGAUAUCAGAAAGCAGUUUAAUGGAAAACAUGAUACACUCCUGCAACUAGCUACAGCUAAAGGUCUCAAAAUUGUAAUUUCAGCUUUCUUAGCUAAUAAAGUAACUUUACAAACAAAACUAAAUGGAGAUCUCGAAAAGUCUUUGGCACUUGCUAUUAGUAAUGGAUACGAUGAUAUUGUUACUCUUUUAGUAGAUAAUGGAGCUGAAAUUAACAAAACAUGCAAGUGUUCAUCCUUCCCGUUACACUUUGCAGUUGCUCAAGGUCAUUACCGAACCGUAGAAAUAUUGCUAAACAGAGAAGUGGACAUAAACAUUUUAGAUAGUGACAAUCGAAGACCAAUUGAAUUUGCUGCUUCAAGUAAUCGUUUGAAUAUUAUGAAACUAAUUUGCAAAACUCGAAAUAUAAACUUAAAUGCCCCAGGUAACGGGGAUUUUACUUUAUUACAUAUAGCAGCGAAUUUCGGCAAUUUAGAUAUAGUCAAGUUCUUAAUCGAUGAAGGAGCUUCAGCAAAUUUGCCUAAUUCAUCUGGUUCAAAACCCAUUUACAUAGCAGCCAGAGACGGACAUUUACACAUUUUGCAAUACUUAAUCAAUCAUAACGAUAAAAGCUUGAAAGAACGCAGUUGUUCCAACAAGACUCUUCUUCAUUAUGCAGCUCAAUCAGGUCGAUCGGACAUCGUUAAAUAUUUGAUUGAGAAAGAACUGGAUGUAAAUGAUUCUGACGAUGACGGAGUGACACCUCUUCAUGUAGCUUCGGUGUUGGGUUUCGAGGAUGUACUGAAAGUCUUAUUGGAUAAUGGAGCUAUUUACAAUCGUACUGAUAUACUAAUUCCUGAAGCAGAAUCACCCAAUGUGGACAAUACAAAUGUAAGGUUAUUACUAUCGCGGAUAACGAUUCUUUUUCGAUCUGUUAAAAAGAAUGAUGUAACAAGGAUUAAAUCUCUUAUUAAGGAAGGAGUUUGCGUUAAUGCCAAAAACUCAAAAAAGGUUUCACCUCUUCAUUACGCAGCAUGGAAAGGCUAUAACGAAAUAGUUGAAAUUUUAUUGGAAAACAAAGGGAAUCCUAAUUCGUUGUGUGGUGAAGGUUAUACGCCUCUUCAUUAUGCGUGCAAAUUUAACAAUUUUGAAGUUGUUAAAAGUUUGUUAGAAAGUGGCGCUGUGUACAAUGUUUCGUCAAAAACCAAGAAAGUUCCCCUGGAUUUAACUCAGAACCGUGAUAUUAUCAAUUUGUUGAAAUUGAUUGAUGAUUCGUUUCGAAAUGUCUGUGAAGGCAGUUGUGAAGUUAUAAAGAAUCUGAAGGAAUCGCUCUCGAGCAAUAUCAUGAAGGCGACGUUUAACGCUAAGAAUGGAGAAAAGAAAACCCUAUUAACUUCGGCUAUCUGUUGUAACUUUCCCUUCAUAACUGAGUUACAACGCAUCAUUUGCAAAGAUAGCGAGUUCAUUAAUUUUGUUUCUGGUGGAUGUAAGGCAAGAGAACAAUAUGACACAGCAUUGAAGUUAGAAACAGAGUUGCUUAAGAAAAAAGAACAAAUUUUAGACUCUGAAAAUCCUGCCGUGUUGGCAACUAAGGAGAAUAUAGCUACAACACUCUAUAAGCAGCAAAACCAUUCUGAAGCGCUUAAUAUUUGUAAGGAUAUACUUAAAAUUAAGGAAACAAACUUCGGUAAGAAUCAUGCAGAAACUUUAAAAACGCGAGGAUUUAUAGCUCUUAUUCUACACAGAUUGGAACGCAAUUCCGAAGCUAUAAAGAUCUUAGAAGACUUAUACCCCAAGCUCGAACAGAUUUUUGGAUUAAAUAAUUUUGAUGUUCUACAAACUUUAUCAGAUAUGGCUUUGGUUUUGAAUGGUCUUGGCCGACACGAAGAAGCAUUGAAUGCAAAUAGAACAGUUUUUGAGAGAUUUUCGAAAUUAUAUGGCACAAAUGAUUAUAGAACUCUAAUUUCUCAAAAUAAUAUUGGACAAACUUUACUUCUUUCUCGUAAGUACGAUGAAGCUAUUCCUUUUUUCAAGAGUGUCUACGAGUCAAGAAAGAAACUACUGGGAGAGUCUCACUCAGAUACUUGCAGAGUGUUGUAUAACUUAAACACUGCUUUAUGCUUUCAAACAAAAUCCGAUGAAGCUCUGAAAGGUUUACAAGAAGUUUUAAGCAGACAAGAAGAAACUUUAGGUUGGAAUCAUGUCGAUACAUUAGAUACUGAAAGUCAGUUGGGCAUCUUAUUAAAGGAACACUGCAAACAUCUCGAGGCAAUCAAAGUUUUGAAGAAAAAUGUUCAGAAGCGAAAGGCAGUUUUCGGCCCUCAUCACCCUUCAGUUUUACAUAUUAAUAGACUCGUGGAUGUGUUAAAUACUUCACUUUCGAUAGCGAGUCCUGAAAGUUUGUCAAGUUUGAACAAUAAAAAUUGAUCCAGAUAAAGUGUUCCAGGAGCAU